CCCAGUUAUCGUUAUCUCUUGAAUUUGGGUGCAGUUUCCGCUGUUAUCAGAUGGAAAAAGUUACUCCCCAAAAUUUCCCGAUUGCCGGAUGUUCCUGCAGCACCGGUUGCCGCUGGUCGAGAACCUCCCGUCUGUGAGCGAGCCUCUUAACGAGUGUCGCCUGCUUCUUUUUCGCUUGUCUCUUCUUGCCCUCUCUCUCCCUCACCUGUGGACUGGCUUCAUUUUGAGGGUUCAACUCCGAGAGACCCCACCACCCAAUCUCAAGAACGGAUAAACAUUGAAUACAUCCGUCAUGGACACCACAGGAUGAUACCAGUCUUGCCUCUCGGUGCACUCUGAACCCGCGUCCGACUCCCAUCCCCAUCCCCUACAGCACCGUCCCGACGACUACGACGACCGCUCGCCACAAUGGCAGCUCCCCGGUCCCCCGCGCCGCCGCUCUCGGCCGUCCUCCCACCCCUCAUCCUCGGCACCGCGACCUUCAACACCCAGUACGUCACGGACCCUCUCUCGAUGCCCUACGAGCGCAUCGUUAGCCGCGCCCUCGAGCUGGGCGUCACCGCCUUCGACACGAGCCCCUACUACGGCCCCUCCGAGGACCUCCUGGGCCGCGCGCUCGCCGCCCUCGACCCGCCGCCCCCGCGCUCCUCCCUCACGCUCAUCACCAAGGCCGGGCGCGUCGGCCCCUCCGAGUUCGACUACAGCCCCUCGCACAUCCGCCGCAGCGUAUUCCGCAGCCUCCGGCGCCUGCGCACCCCUUACCUCGACCUCGUCUACGCGCACGACGUCGAGUUCGUCUCCCCGGCCGAGGUCCUCUCGGCCGUGCGCGAGCUGCGCCGCCUCCGCGACGACGACCAAGGGGGCGCCGGGCCCGUCGUCCGCCACGUCGGCAUCAGCGGCUACCCCGUGGACGUGCUCUGCGACCUCGCCGAGCUCGUGCGCCGCGAGACGGGCGAGCCGCUCGACGCCGUCAUGAGCUACGGCCACUUCACCGUGCAGAACCGCACCCUCGGCCUGCCCCUCGGCCACGACGACUCACAACCAACACCAACAACAGCAGCAGCAGCAGCAACGAGCCCCCUAGCCCGCCUCCGCGCCGCCGGCGUAGGCGUCGUCCUCAACGCCAGCAUGCUCGGCAUGGGCCUCCUGACCUCGGCCGGCAUCCCGCCCGACCCGACGGCAUCACCCCCGACCACCGACAACAGCCACUCGCCCCUCGCAAAGUGGCACCCCUCCCCGCCGGCCCUGCGCCUCGCCUGCAAACGCCUCUCCGCCCUCGCCGCCGCGGCGGGCGAGCGCCUCGAGAGCGUCGCGAUCCGCUGGUCGCUGGGGGAGUGGGCGCGGGUGGCGGGCGGCGCGGGGGUCGGCGUCCCGGUCUCGGUCCCGGGGCACGCGGGGGUUGUCGUGGGCGCGAGCGUCAUGGGCGUUACGUCUGUGGCGGAGCUGGAGGAGACGGUGGGGGAGUGGGAGGGCGUGCUGGUUGGGAGGAGGAGGGCGGUGGAGGAGGAGGAGGGAGGUGGUGAUGGGGGCCGCGACGGGAAGAUCGUCCGUCUUGUUGAGGAGGAGAUGUGGCCUGCGCUUGGGGCUGAGUGGUUGGAUUAUAGCUGGGCUAGCCCCGGGGAGGGGUUUGUGAAUCAGAGGGAGGCUAGGCGAGAUGUCCUUGGGGACGAUGGGGUUGUGGAGGUGUUCCAAGGGGUGAAAACGAGGGUUACGGUGGUUGUGAAGGAGACGGUAGUGUCGGGAUAAAAAAGGCAGAUGUGAAUACGGCCUGUUUUACAACAGUUUUGGCAUACGCGUUGAUUUGAUCAAUGAAGGAAGGAUGGCUGCAUCGGUACUGGCAUAACGAGCAUUCUAUUGAGCACAUGUAGGCUAUGUUUAAUGCCAAAACAUCUUGCUUGAGAUUAGCAGUGUCGAUGAUCCAUUUGUGCGUGUUGAAUGGCGACCAUGGGAAAAAGAAGGUGAAUUGUUCCAUCCCAGACGCCAACUUCUGCCAUCCCCCAAAUCCACCCCUUUCCAUGUCCAUAUC